CUCUCCCGGUCCACGCCCAGCUGCUCUGGGGCCCCCCUCCGGGUCCACACCCAGCUGCUCUGGGGCCCCUCUCCGAACCCACACCCAGCUGCUCUGGGGCCCCUCUCCCGGUCCACGCCCAGCUGCUCUGGGGCCCCCCUCCGGGUCCACGCCCAACUGCUCUGGGGCCCCUCUCCGAGUCCAUACCCAGCUGCUCUGGGAACCCAGCAGGACAAAUUGCUGCUGAGCACAAGCCAGCGGCAGCCACUGCACAUAAAUUACCUCAUUUAAUUCUCAAAACAGCCCUGGGAGGAAGGUAUUUUUCCUAAUUUUACCGCUGUUUAGAAAGCUAGGCACAAUCACGAGCCCAAGGGCACAGAGCUGGUGCCGUUUGCCACGGUGGCCUCUAAACCCCGCGGCUGCAAGCCCGAGGUCUUUCCCCGGCUGCCCCUGCGCCUCCUGCUGCCCACCCCAUCCGAUCCGCUCUCUGCCCCCGAUUGGCGGACGGCCCGGAGGCCCGGCCGGGAAGGAGCCGGAGCGCAAGAGCCCGCGAGCCGGCGCGCACCGUUCCUGCCCUCUGGGUGCAGCUGACCGUGCCCGCCGCCGUCACGUGAAGGACAGAGUCGAGCCCCCCGAGGCCUAGCCUCCCGCCGCCCAGGGCAGAGUCCACCGCGGCGGCCCCGAGGCUCAGCGCAUCCACACUCCGAGCGCGGAGCCACCAUGGCCAGGGCGCGCGCAGCCGCAGGGCUGUGCGCCCGGGACCCGCAGCCCUCAGAGGAGUCGUGCACCCAGGAGGACCUACUCCUGGCAGCUGCCUAUGUUUCCGAUGCCGAGCACAACAGAAAUGUGCGGUUUGAAACAUCACCUCAGACCAUCAGACUUUACUAUUUUUAUAACCACUGGGCAAUGCGAGCGGCCACAAACUUCUUUAUUUUUCUAGACCUUUCUCUUGCCUUGUUUGAAGAACCUGCGUUGUUUCCACUACCGUUCUUGGCUACCUCAAUAGCAGAAGUCCUCUGCCUGACCGCAUUCUUUGGGAGACUUGUACAUUUUGCAAAAGUCACUCCUCAAAUGGUUUUCUGGAAGGAUACAAAAAACAUCUGCAUCAUGGUAACUAUAGUGCUGACCUUGAUUGAUCUGAUCAUCUACGGGUCCCUGGAAGCUGUUAGCAUCCACACUGUUAGAUGGUCGAGGGCCUUAAGGCCAGUCUUCUUAAUUAACUUCCCUCAAAGUCGUCAGAUUCGAAGAACUUUCAGAAGCAUCCGGAACACAUUGCCCGAUAUCCUGUACGUCUUCCUCUUGUUUCUCUUCAGCAUGCUGAUAUUCUCCCUGAUGGCCUUGAAGCUCUUUGGGGAUAGGGGCCUGAGAACAGCGGGAGGAUCACCGUACUUUACAGACAUCCUGGAGAUAGCGUUUGAGCUCUACGUGCUGGUGACGACUGCCAACAGCCCCGAUGUCAUGAUGCCUGCCUAUGACUUCAACUGGUGGUAUUCUUUGUACUUUAUAACCUACAUCAUCAUCAACACCUAUAUCUUCAUGUCCGUCUUUCUGGCUGUGAUCUACAACAAUUACAGGAAGCACUUGAAGAAUGAGAUUCGCAAGCUGGCUUACCUGAAACGUCACAAGAUGAUACAGGCUUUCGAUAUCCUGAAAGUUAAGGUGGGUUCGGAGUUUGUGGUCAAGGAGGCUGAGUGGAAGCGGCUGGCAAAGAUCGUGGCUCCAAACAUCAGCAGUUCCCACCUGGAACUCCUUUUGAAGAUCUCUGAUGAGGGGCAGAAGGGACACGUGGACAAAACAAACUUUAUACGCUUGGCUGACCUCCUCAAUAUCCAGGUGGUCACCAUGGACGUCAAGAGACAUCCCCUGGAAGCUUGGAUGCCACAAGUGUACACGUCGUCAUUGAGCCUUUUCAUCCAAAAGAUGGUCCAGCACAGGAUUUUUGUCUGGAUUUAUGAUGUCAUCAUUCUCAUAAAUGCCGUUUUCAUCGCUCUGGAUGAGAAAAAUGCCCUCAUCUCCUAUGCAGAAUGGCUCUUCCUCUCUCUCUACAUCACUGAGAUCCUCCUGAAACUGUACACGUAUGAGCCCAGAGCCUAUUUUGGAAGGAAGCAGUUCUGGAACUGGUUUGACACACUGAUCAUCAUUGCAGCCCUGGUGGCCACAGUGGCCAAUGCCACCAUCCAGUCAGCAAGCAGACGCAGCAGCCAGCAGAUACUGGACAUUGUCCUGGUGUUGAGGGUGCUCCGGCUCCUAAGGGUCAUCGUCAGCAUAGAGAGAUUCCGGGUGAUAGUGACCACCUUGAUUAACAUCGGCCCCACGAUGCUGACGUUUGGUGGACUUGUCUUGGUGGUCUACUAUACAUUUGCUAUCAUUGGGAUGGAAAUGUUCCAUGGCAAAGUCCAGUUCUUUGACUCCAAUUUCACCACUCCUGGUGCUCUGGUAUGUGGGAACCCAGCCUUAAAAGAUACAGCCUUCGCCCGAGACAGAUACUGCAAGAACAACUUCAACGACCUUGCCUCGUCCUUCAUCGUGCUGAUGGAGCUCACAGUGGUUAACCAGUGGCACAUCAUUGCGGGCGGCUUUGCCCUGGUCACUCAUCAGGCGGCAAAGCUGUACUUCAUCGCCUUCCACGUGGUGGUUGUCAUCCUCAUCGUUAAUAUUUUUAUAGCAUUCAUCUUGGAGGCGUUCUUUGUGGCAUAUUCAUUAGAAAAAAGUGAAGUAGAAACUGCUAUUGAGAAGAAGAUUCAAGAGCUUGGAGUGGGAGUCAAAGAGGAAGAGGUACAGGAUGGGGCGCUUAUCAACCACGUGGACACCAAGGACAGUGGCUUUAGUGGGGGUGACGGACACAGCAAAAGGAAGGGCUCGAAAGGGUUGUACUUCAGAAUUGCAUCAAAAAGGUACCGGACCGUGGACACCCUGCUGCAGCGGAUGUUUGAGUCUGAAAUUGCCCCAGAGGAUGAAGGCCCUUCUUUGGAUGAGAUUCUGAACUUCUCACCCAGUGACAUAUAUCCAAGGAAUCCCAAUUUUGAAAACAGUACGUAAUGCUGAGCUUGGAAAGGAUCUACAACUGGAAACCACAGUAAACUCACCAUUUGCUGCGCCUGCUGCCUGGAGUGUCUUUGUGCAGCCCAGGUGCCUUUCUGUGUCCUUAUGAGCCCGUGAACCAGCCUCACCUGUCAGGAGCCAUUGGAGAAAGCUGUGGGGCUGCCGCCCUGUCUACCCUGCCUGGGGCCAUUCCGAGGUCUGAUCAUGGGAGUGAGGGGAGGAGAAGGCAUGGAGAGCCAGUCAGGAGCACUUACCGUGCACAUACGCGUACGGGGCUAUGCAAGGUUUCUCGUUUAUUUUACAGUGUUUCGCUGUUCUAAAAACUAACCCUGUGUUACAUUACAUGAGUGAAUUAUGGAUGUUUAAAUGUGGUAAAGGGAUGUUCUAGUACAGCAGCUUUUAAGCACAGCGUUUCUUGAAAAUGAAGACUAUGAAUGUGGUAAUACAGUUCUAUGACCACUGCAUUUUAGCCAGGUUUAGUUUCUCUAGUCAGCAGAGUAUGCCCCUAAUUAUUCUGCACUUUGUCACUGCCCCAACCUAAGGCCAGGUGGCGGGGCUGUGACGGUGACAGAAAUGGGGGGUUAAGAUCCUGCCCUGAUGCUUUGCGUUAGUGCUUUAAAUCAGACUAACCUGAGGACUUCCAGAAGGUGGGUCCCUGCUGACCCACCUGACACGGUCUGUGGAGCCCUGCCAUCCUCUCACGCCUCUCUUUAUGCUCUGUGUAUCUAACACUUACAUCACCUAAAAUAUUAAAUAUAUUGAGUUGCAACAAUUUUGCAUUUAUGUUGAAUAUUUCUUUUUUAAAUUAGAAUUAAAUUUAAUUCUAUUUAAUUACAAAUUCAAUACAGUAGUAAAGUCAGAAUUUGCUCUUUGCCUUUAUUCCAUCUUUCCCUUGCUCCUCCCCUUUAAUUCUCCCACUCACAGUCUGAUACCCCCUUUCCUGAGUUUGUUUAUUCUUCUGCAACUCCAUCCAUUUACAGUCACGUGUAUUAAUAUAGGAUACAAUUGUAUUUUUUAAAAUCCUAAGUGGAUGUGAUGACAUCUUUUCACGUGUGUUGUUCACCAACCUACUUUUUCCACUUACCAGUAACUUUCAUGUUGGAGUAUGUGUAUGUCACAUAAAAGCACAUUUAAGUAUAUAAUUUUUUUUUCAUUGUGGCAAAAUGCAUGUAACAUAAAAUUUGCUAUUGUACCCAUCUUUAAGUUACGGUUCAGUGCCAUCAAUUGCAUCCAUGAUGUUGUGAGAUCGUCACCAUUACAAACUUUUUCUUCUCCCCAAACAGAAACUCUGCACCCGUUAAAUGCAUAGUUUAAAGGUGUUGCCAAUGUCCCAUACCAUCAACGUCUCAUGAUUAAGUCCACCUGUGGAUGGACCCGCAUGUUGUUUCACUUGGUCAACAUUAAACAAUAAUGGGUGAACUCCAAUCGGCCCACAUCUUGGCACAUGGGCUCCUCUCUGGCACAUCACAGACUGGUCUCCAUGUGAUUGUAUCUGGCCCUUUGGCUAUGAGCUGAACUGAUGUCUGCACCUUGCAGGUCUGGCCCUUGGGAACAAUGGGUCCACAGGGUGAAUCCAAAGGGAAAAGGUGCUGGGAACAGGAGUUCCAGAAUCUCCUGAGGAAGCAGCCUUAUUCUUCGCUACAACUUAGGAACAGUGGCCAAGGAUGAAUGGGAAAAGCCUCGGCCAAGACAGCCACAGAGGUUGGCAGACAGAAAGACAGAAGAUGCAGAAAGCAGAAAAGGCAAGAAGAGAGAAGCAGAGAGAAAGGAGGGGAGAAACCUCCUAAAAAGAGCUGUAACACUGGUCAAAGGCUGUAACACUGAAGAUAUCGAGAGGCCCGGAAGGGGCUCUGCAGCAGAGUCAGUGGUGAUACAUAGAGGCCAAAGGCAGAGAGGUCUCUCCUGAGGGUUCCGAGAACUCUGUCCUAAGGGGGUCGAGAGGAGCCCUGCACAGCUGAGUGGGCACACGGUAGAGAAGGGCCUGUUUGCUUGCACAGUCGAGAGGAGCUGUCCAGCACUGGAGAAGGACAUGCUCUCCUCUCUGGGGGAACCUUCCAGAUUUUGCCUACAUUGCUUCCUGAUCCUGAGUUGUACCCUGUUGCUUCCUUAAUAAACCACUUCCCGGUAAGUGUGGUCUGUGAGUUCCGUGUGGCUACUGCCAUGGCCAUGGGAGGACGCCUGAUGUCAGAAUUGGUGAAAAGCUUGGAGAGAGGAGGUGUCUGACCUCCACCUCACAGGGAUCAGCUUCAGGCUAACUCUGGUCAUCUUCCCCCAAAGUUAGGCAGGUUCUGACACCACUACCCCAGCUGUACGGUUAGUGACCACCCAUCUGUCAGUUUGUUGUACUGUGGUGGCCUGUGUGUUGCUGCGAUGCUGGAAGCUGUGCCACUGGUAUUUCACACCAGCAGGGUCAGGUGGACAGGUUUCAGCAGAGCUUUCAGUCACACGAGAAAUGCAAACUGAACUACGAAGCAUAACUUUUCACCUGAACAAAACCCUCAAAUUUGACAACACACAGGACAAGGCUCUGGGGAAAGCUGUUCUUACACUUUGCUGGAAAGACACUUCAAUACGACCGUUCAGCAGGGAAAUCUGUUGAUACGUUCCGUAUCUACCCUCUGACCUGGCAAACCCUGGUCUAGUAAUUUAUCCCACAGACACGUUUG